AUGUCAAGCGCCAACCAACUGUCAGUGUUUGAGCGCUACGGCAAGCUGCAAUUGAUGGUGUUAUCGCAGCUAGUUACGAUAUUUGCUGUUCUCUAUCUGGCGACCCUAGUAGUUUUCGCCAUCUUGCGAAUCUUUACGGGCAUCUCCAUCAAACGGAUAGGAUAUUUCAGUCUAAAGCAUAUUGUUUUCCAUCCCAAGACGGGAGUCGAAGUGCACAUUGGGAAACUCGGCAUUUCGUUCCACCGACCUACGGUUGCUCGCCCAGGAUGGAUUUCUUUGCAUGUCAACAACUGCGAGGUGGUUAUUGACACCAAAACGCUAUCUUCAAAUCGAUUCCCUCUUGAGGAGAGUAAGAAAGCCAAGAAGAAGCCCAAGAACGGCGCCGACAUGCCCUCUCGCAAAGAGACCAAGGAUUUCUUCAAUGAACACCAGACCAUCCAAUUGGUGCCAAAGUCUAAUAAACAGCUUUUCCGCAUGGCCCAAUGGCUGCUGCCUCGUUUGAAGGUCAUUGAUAUUAACUUCGGGUCGUUAUCGGUCACUUAUACAGAUGUUGCUACAUUGGUCGUGGGAUACUCUUCGUAUAGAAUGGAUGGCCGCAGCUUGAAUCACAAAAGUGCAACACGAACUCGCACCGUUGAAACUCUCGAUUCAUACGAGCUCAAACCCGGUGAAAUGAAGAUCAUUUCUCGUCUGCAACUGGCCGAUGUGUACAUUGCUACAUCGCUCGACGACGAGGAUCCUCACCAAGUGCUCGAUUCUUUGUCUUUGACGUUCUCUGGUGUGCUCAACAAGGAGCAAUUGAGUCUUAAGGAGCUCCAAUUCGGUUUACAGGGCGGUAUCGUGAACAUCAAUUGCGAACGUUUCCUGCAGAUUCUUGCCAAAAUCAAAACCGCCGAGCUGUCCUCAGAUGAACCACAGGACCCCAAACCUACGACCGCGAAAACGAGCACUGAGCCGGCAGACAUCAAAGAUGAGCAUGAAGAUAGUAAACCCAACGGAGAAAGUUCUGAGGCCAAACCCAAUGGCAAAGCAGACGGCUCGAGCCCCGAGCCUAACGGCAGCGCUGAAACAGCUGAGUCAAAAUCGAAACUCGAGCAUCGCCGCGAAAUUGCUUGGAUUGGCAUGGCUGUCUUGCGUCUGGUAAAGCUUAUCGAGUUCAAGCUUCAGUCAGUCACAGUUUCAAACGUCCCGCUCAAGAAAAAAGUCAUGCUUCAUGACCGCCAAGUCACUGUAUCGAUGUCUUUGAAUGACUUUAGUUUCGAUGUUCGUCGCAUGAGCACUGAGAGUCCCGGGUUCAAACUCUUGUUCGGUUCACCUGAUGCAGUUGGGCACCAGUCCAUUUUCAGUCUUACCUCUCUCAAAUUAGCCAUCGACAACGGUAAAGUGAGAGAAGAGGUCGUUUACGUACCCAUGGUGACUAUUAUAGCUCAUGGAAACGUUUUUAGCGGAACCUUGCAAAUGGUGCAGUCUACCGGGGGAGCUAACAAAUCGCUGAUUCGCCUUAGCGCCAACGUUCAGUCACCUAGUGUUAAUAUCGAAACACAUCACCUAAAGGUAAUUGAGCAGUUUUUCGGUAAAAAGAAAACUGAAACAUUUGCGGAGGCUGUUGCAGCUCAUAAAAAGAAAGGCUCUAGAAAGUCGGCUCGUAUUCUCGUUCCAUUCCAGAACCUCUUGCCUCAUAUUGACUGCAGUCUGUUGGUGCUUGAGCCGGCUAUGCGUCUGGUUGUCGACAAUGAGGAGUCCAUGUUUAUUGUUUCUUGCUCUCGUAUUGGUGGUAAUUUGAAUUCGACACAUGUAUUCACCGAAGUUGCCGACCCCACUGCAGAGCCUGAUAGUUACUACAAGGUUAAUGGUACCCUGGAAAGCUCUCAAGUCGAAGCUUACUACCACUCCAAACGUAUCCCCCACUUUGGUAUUUGCAACUUUAACAGUACAGGAUGCCGCGUUACUGCUGUCACUCGUCCUGAGCUCUCUGUUAAGGUCGAGGCUUGGAUGGGCAACGUCCAGUUUCAGUUGUUACAGUCGGAAAUCUUUGAAAAAGUUCGCAUCCUGUAUCUUACAGUGGGACAGCGCUCUUUGGAGAGCCGCGCCAAAUCGAAAAUGCGUGGACACAAGAAAAAGUCAGGCUCUCCUUUGCGGAAGCUCCCUGUAUUCCUCACUGAGGUGCAGUUCACUCUGGAUGGUGCUAAAAUUGCCGUUGCAAGUGACAGGUUCAGAAACCAAAAGAAUAGUCUGCUGGGAUUGGAAGUUGCAGUCGGUCGUGUGCAAGCCAACUAUGUACGGGAUGCCGAGAGCAAAGCACCUGAUGCCUUCACAGAUGGUCGUCGUAUUCAACUCGAAGUCACUGAGCUUGCAUUGUCUCGUGUUAGCGAAGAUUACAAUGCUCGAAUGGAGGUUGUCGACGAGCAGGCUGCAAGACAGGCUUUGCUUCUUGAGAUGCCUAGUUUCAUGCUAAGCGUUAUGACCAAGACAGAGCGCGGUGAUCCCACAAUGGCUAUCACUUACGACUUGCCAAAGCUUGUCGCUGAUAUCAACAUUAAUCAAUUAUUGGCUGUUAUGGUCAUUCGUGAGGUUGUCGAUGUGGCUAUGGGCUCCGAUCUGCGGGCUAAGGAGACAGAAAAGAUGGAAGUUGCAGAAGAAGCUCGGCGUCGUUCGUCAGCUGGUGGUAGUGAAACUGUGGUUGCAGAUGGCGGCAAUAAUCUAGCCGAGAUGCAACCCGACGUUCGCACUCUCACGGGAAAUAUGGGCAACGUUCGUUUCAAGGUUGACCUACCCAAUGAGAACCGUAUCAUGCUUGAGCUCACGGAUGCCAAAUUUGAGAUAGCAAGGAGGCAAAAUCCUGUGCUUACCUCCAAGUCUCUCCGUUUGUACUCCCGCUAUCCAUUCUACCGCUCCGCAUGGUGCAUUGUUUUCUCCUUUGUCAAUGUGAAGCUUCAGUUUGAUGUCCUCAAGAAACUUGAGAACAAAAUUCAAGCCGAAAUUAGCACUAUGCGUAUUAACAUCCCCUUCCGAUUCAAGCUCUACCGCAUUAUCGAUAACUCCAUCACCAUGGCAAAGGCUGUGAGGACCUUGAUGAAGCAAACGAAACUCUCCGACCCCCUGUUCACUUUGGACCCGAAGGAGCACUCGAAGUUACCAAACAUUCCCAACGUGUUUAUUCGUACGAACCGUCUUCAGUUGCAAAUGGAAGAUGACAAGUUCGAGGCAGAUCUUGGUCUCAUUUUCCAGGUUGGCCGCGUGGAGGCCGAGGUUAGAUUCAUGUUAGAGAAGAUGUUUGAGAAACAGAUCAAGGACCAUAUUCGGAGCUACCUGGAAAAGCUUGAAAGCAAGGAAGAGACUAAGCCCACCGUCCGUGUUAAGGAACCAAAUGAUGACACUCCUUUAAGCGAGGAUUCUGAACCAUUGACUCCCGCAGAAUCUCAGGCGAACUCCCGGGCAACAUCACCCCCAAGCCCUAAACGCGGUGACUCUGGUGACGUUGGAUACUUCUUUAAGCGCUUGAUAGAUGCCCCUCUUGAUUUUGGCAACACGCAUGUAAAUCAUCCUUGGCACCGUUUCUGGACUUCAUCACGCUUUAAGCACUUGCGUCAGCAGGAAGUUCAAUGGCAGUUUGAAGAUCACCCUAGCACUGGUCUCAAUGGCCAAUGCUCUGUUGAUGAAGCUUAUGAGAGACUCCACCGCUACUUUGAGCGUUCUUGGUACCGCAGUAUCAAUCACAAUCGUAAUAAGCAGCGCCAGGGUGUUAUCAAUCGUCGUCAUGACUUUGCAGAUGAUGUUAUGGACCCCGUUACUUGCGAGGAGGAAAUGAUUGUUAACUACAGUGAUGCACCUCCUAUUUGGUCUCUUGCGUUCAUGAAUACCGAUUUGCGUAUCACUCGGUCAGAGUUUCCCGACAUGGAUUCCACAAAGCAGUUCAUGCAUGAUGUCGGAAAGGGUGUACCGAAAGAUUUCAGAUAUUCCAUUUUUGUACCUUUGCAUUUUGAUAUGAAGGCUUACGGUGGUGCUCGUAUGGAUUUGUUCGAUUUCCCGUUACCCUUACUGCAUUUCCCAGCUUUGGCUGACAACCAGGAUCCUGCAGGAACUGCUUUGCGCAUCCAUGGUAACUUCAUCAUUGCGGAACAGCUCCAGACCGAAGACCGCUCCAUCCGUCGCCUGUUUGUCCCCGUCCAGCCUGUUCCUCCGUCGGAAAUGAACACGCGUAGCGUCAAUGUUCUAGAGAUCCAUCGUACUUUGGCACCUAUCAAAAUGUUCACAGACCUAAAGUUUGUCUCCCGAUCCAUCUGGCCGACUCGUAUCUGUUGGUGUCCGGCAUAUAAACCUGCGUUUGCUGCGUUGCAGCAAGGCUUUGGUGGGUUCACAAAACCCCCAAUUGAUCCUUCAGCUCCUGUUGGAUGGUGGGAUAAGAUCAGAUUGGUUCUUCAUGCCCGCUUUACUUUCGAACUCGGCGAUUCUCCUUUGUACUUUUUGCUUAAAGGAGGCAGGAGUCCUUACGAGCUGGCCGAUCAUAAUGCUGGUUUCGCGUUCGUAUGGCGUAAGAACGUCUUGGUUGAGCUUAACAGAAAAGAUGACCCCAAAGAUCUCAUUGUUGUAAGCUCUGAUACAUUUGAGUUCGUUAUUCCUAACUAUCUCACGUGGGAAUCUGAUUAUCUUAGAAGACUCCCUGGCGAGCGUGCUGAUUUCUGGCGUACAGACUAUAGCGCCAUGUACGAAUCUGCCAAGGUCAUUAUGCGUUUCGGAAAUAAAAUUCAAUGGAAGCUUGGUAUGAUGUUCGAACAAAAAGUGCCUAAUUCACUGGAGCGGACCAAUAAGUUCAUGCCCCACUGGGAUGUUCACCUGUCGAUGCCUGAAUAUAUCAAGGAUGUCGAACAUCAUGAUUGUUAUCGUGGGUUCCGUUCAGAGUUCAUGUAUCUUGCUCUUAACAUCCACUCUAUGGAAUCUUCAGGGUUCAACACAGUACAUCUUACUGUUGCUGCGUUCCAUCAUUUCCAAACCUGGCUUGGUCAGUUCAAGAGUACACUGUGGCCGCCAAUUCGUCAGGGCAAGUUAUUCCCCGGUGAACUCAAACCAAAGAAGGCCAAGUUCUCAGCAACACUUCGUGGUGUACAGUACCAGCUUGCCUUGAAACCGCUCGUGUUAUCGUUUGUUGAAGGUCGUACAGGUCGUGCUGUGCACCAUAGCUACACCUAUUCAGGUGCUAAGGCGCGUGCGACAUCUUUUGUUCUGGAUUUGCAUUCAAGACGUGAGCCUAUUCGCGGCUCUAAGCAUUGGAAGAUGCGGAUGUAUCUCGGACAGGUCGACGUGGAAAAUAUUGAUAUCCGUACACUUCUGGGCAAGGUGCGGACAUCAGGCGGACAGGCAAACCGCAAACAAACGCGUGGAGCGGGUGUUCCUGGGACAAACAGCUUGUAUGAGCAAAGUAUCGAUGGAGUUUCAGUGCGGCCGCCCUCGUCUGCACCAUCGAGUCUAAAUCAAGACUCAGCAAUGCCUUCAUCUUUCCAGCCUGAGAGUAUGAGCAAUCACGAAUGGGCCAGUAUAGACGAUUUUACAGAUGUUGGCAUCCUCCUCGGUCGUAUUACCAGGAAUGAUAAUUUCGAAGUGGAGGUUUUGCCUUUCAUGUAUAUCCCCCAUUUCACUUACAUGCGCCAAACAGAUCAUUCUCAUACCAAGUAUCUCUGGCAUGAAGGUCAAAAGUAUCUCAAGUUUGGUGGUGAGAUGGUCCAUGACUGUAUGUUGCAGAACCAGCACCCUGGUAAGAUCCAAGGUGGUUUGUUAACUUUGCAACGUGAUGAGCUCAAGGAAAGAUUGGCGGAUGCUACCGAAAAUAUGCACAGUUUAGAGGACCAGCCCCGCUCGCAAGCUGUACUUGACCGCAUUGAGCGUGCCAAGCAGAUCAUUGAGCAAAUAAAGAAGGCAAUUGGAAGGCUCGAUGUUUUAAUUGAUUACGGUCACGAUGCUUAUCGCAAGUCUGAAGAGGGUACUCAAAGCGCUUGCCAGCUUCCUGGCCAACGACAGGUUUUCACAGAGAAGGAUACGCAAGACCGCGAAAAAACUAGUCCGGAGGAUGAUGCUGAAAGUGCCGAAGGCUCACUCACUGAACACGGAGAUAAGGGUGGUUCAGCGGUACGUACUGCUCAAGACAACGAUGCACCUGUCGAUGAAGGAUUCAAAGAAGGUGACGAAAUACCGGAACGACUCACUGCUCCUCAGUUUCGCCUGCCCUUCAAGUCUCGUUUCCACAUGGCCGAAUCGGACGACUUGGCAUCACCCACGUCGCACUACGCCUUUGAUAAUCGCUACAUUGUGUAUGCAAUGCAUGCUCGUUGGAACAAUCGUGUUCGUGAUCGUAUUUUACGACUCAAAGUUGCAUUCUCCUAUCAGCAAAAAUUGCGCCAUGCUCGAUUCUAUAACGCAAUCAGUGAGCUUGAAGAACUCCUGGAUAAUCUCCAUUCCAAGGGUACGAAGACUGAAGCAGCCAAUGCUGAAGUCAAGGAGGAGGCCAAGUUUGAUGAUGAGCGCGUCCACUACAACUCACAGUAUCGCACGGCGGAUUCUCGUCUUCGCGCGCUAAUUCGUGAGAUUACGGAUGUUAUGGAGGGAUCUGAGCUUCUUUCCUCGCAUCUUGUUCGUCUCAUAACACCACAGAUCCAGUUUAUCAGUGAGAAGAACCCAUCCAAGUAUCUGCAAAUGUUUGCUCGCGAUAUUGAUGUUCGCGUUGUUAACAUCUUUGAUGAAGAUGAGCCUCAUACGCCAUGCCACAAACUUGCUCGUCGUGUUGGUUGUGUCUUUGAUCAGGCUGCUGGAUUGGUUUACAGCGAGAAGGAUCAAACACUGUUUGACGUCGGUGCAGUAUCAGUGAAGUCAUUUGUUCUGAGUAACGCGGAUCCACUUCUGGAAAAACAUCAGACACCAUGGCUGUCGAUUGAUCAAUGCUACAAUUCUGAUGUGCUAGAAAACUUUAUGAUCGUGAAACAUACAGAUCUUGGUGUCCGCCUGGACUCUCCCAACCCUCUGCACUAUUCUCGCAAGAAUGCCUCAGGUUGCACAACCACCGACAGUGGUAAAAAGCGCAAAAUCAACAUUCGUUUCGAUCACUCGCGCUUCAAAGACAUUUCGAAAGCAUGCAUGGAAGAUUCCAGUAUUGAAACUUUGAUCACCGUCGAUCUGCCUCAACUUGUGAUUGCCGCGGACUCUGUGCAGUUCUUCACUGCAUAUAUGAUCGCCACUGAUCUUCUUGCAUAUCACGAUCCUAUUCAACAGAGUUACACAGAUGUCAUUGAUCGGGUAGUUUUGUCCACAGACUUUUCUGGUGGAUCGGAGCAAAUGAUUGCUCAGAUUCGUCAACGCCAGGACCAGGUCAACCAACUCUAUACUUAUCGGACGAAGUAUCUUGUGAAGAGUCGUGGAAACAUCCGCGGGACCUCUGCACGGCGAUUGGCCUAUAUUGAAACCGAAUAUCAUCGAGCUACACUCGAGUUGAUGGUGUUGACCAAUGCAUUUUCCGCAGGUGUUCAGCAAAGUAUACGACCCAAUGCAGUGAACUACAAGAAGAUAUCCGUUUUGGUUGACGAAGUCAUUGGACAUAUUCUCGAUGAGCGUGGAAAGUCGUUCUUGGAUUUUGCUAUGGCACACUUGCACUACUCCAAGGUGAGCAGCGAGAACAGAUUUGCUAUGAACCAAGUUAAAGUGGGCAUGUUCCAGGGCUGGAAUUUACUUCCCAACUCCUUGUACCCAGAGAUUCUUUCGCCUUUCGGCACAUUUGACAAGACCCGUCCUCAAAUUUCGGUUCGUUGGACAUCUUUGGAGCCGGUUGGUGGUAUUCCCAUCUAUGACGAUGUUUCCAUAAAGGUCCAGCCAUUGAGACUUCAAUUGGAGCAGCAUAUUGUUGAUUUACUCAUGAAUUUCGCUUUCCCUGUGCGCAAGGAGAGCAAGGAUAAGAAAUUAACAGCUCAAAGCCAGACGGUUAAAGACCUGGACGACUACAGCAGUGACGAUAACGUUAGUGACGACGAAGACGACGAUGAUUUGGAUCUUGAUACCGAACUUAGUGAUACUCAAUCAAAUGCUGCAUCUGAUACGAACUCGACGGUCACCCGGGAAAAGGUGCUGGGUCGGUUUGGCAAGUUCUUCAAGCAUGGCACCAGUCAAAACUUGCUGCGUCGCAGUGGAACAGCGCCUGACGUUGACGAAAUGAUGAGCCGCGCAUCUUCGUACAUGAACUUGAUUGAGUUUAAGAUUCACGCCAUGAAGCUUACAGUGUCUUAUAAGGGACGUUCUCGGAGCAACCUGCUUGAUCUUCAAGAAGUCACGAUUCCUUUGCCCGAGAUCUACUACACCAACAAAAUGUGGAAUAAGCUUGAUCUUCUGAACCACUUGAAGAAGGAUAUUUUACGGGUCCUGGUGGGCCACUCUUAUGCUAUUAUCGGUAAUCGAUUCCGCCGUCACAAGGAUAAGGCUGUUGUAAUCAAGGGACCAAUCGAACACUACAACCCGCUCCGUCGGGUGCGAUCAGAGUCAUCACAUCACUCGCACACGUUGACCCGCAGUAAGAGUGCAACCAGUGAUCAAGAUACCUCAGAAAACGUCAUGCAAGUCACGCCGGUGUACCAGAUUGGCGAUUCGCGUCGUCCUAGCACUGUACCCUUGUCUAUUCCCCGCCAACCGACGCGGAAGAUCGACAGCAUGGAGCUCAACUCAAUUGCUGAGUCUGCUUCUUCCCACAAGUCACACAACCCUUUCAAGCGGUUGAAGUCCAAGAUCCACCGAAACAGCCACCACGCCGCGUCUGCUAACGGCUCUUGA